GAGGGGUUACUUAGUGCGCACUUAGAACUGUUGUACGCAAUUAGGAGUAUUUCUCUUUUUUUACUUUUAUUAACCUCCUUAUUUAUGUAACGCUUUAGGGUGAUUUCAAUGUCCAGCACUUAGACCCACUGAGACUUUAUGGUUUCCUAGUUUUCUGUUCCCUUUCUUAAUUUUGUUAAAGAUCAUUUUUUUUCUAUUGUGUAAGUCUGUGUUGGGGAGGGAAAUCAGUUUGAAAAAAUUAUUGAACCUCAACAUUGUUAUUCAUUUAUAGAUCAAAUGGCCUGGCUAGGGUCGACGGUGCAAUCCACAAAUGUAGAGCUUGUCUCAAUUAUCGAGGAAAUGCGGGAAAGAAAAUCCAUGCUAGACGAAAAAAUAUUGGAAGAUCGAAAAGAAAAGGAAGCGAUGGUUGCUGAAAUUAGUAAUCUAAACACACAACUAAGAUCGUUGGACGAGCGUUUAUCGAUCCGGAUGAAAGAAAGCACUAAACUGGAUCAGAUGAUAAGCGAAACAUGCGCCGGAUUCAACAGCAUUUUAGAUGCUUCUCAGAAGUUAUUGUCAUCAGUGAAGGAGAAAUCAUCACAACUCAACUCUGCUCCUCGGAAAAAUGAUCAAAUUCAGUGAGGUGUGUUGUGUGUUAGUUGAUCAUUUAUACGAAUUCAAUAUAUUGAAAAUCAAAUCGUAUAACUAUAAAAAUGGAAAAAAAACGAAAAAA